UCAAAUUACUCGUAAGAAAAAACCCAUUUGGAUCACCGCCCAUCAGUCCAACUACCCAUGCGCGGAAUUGUACAUUGUAAACAUGGCGGACGAUUUGGACGUGUUGCAGAAAGAGUGCAAAUUUGAGCUGGUUUUCCCGUCGAAAGAGCCAACAGACUGGGUUCAAAUUAAAGAGAUACCGCCAAGAUGUAAAAUUUACUCCGGUGAGCGGAUAAACUUCGCUCUGGUAGUGCAAUAUGUGGGUGAAAAUGGCUGCAAAGAGAGACUGCAGGAUUGGCAGUCGGCUGUACGAUCCGUGCACUGCAAAGCGAAUGUCGGCUGCUCGUCUGCAACAGAAAACAAUGCACUUACCUGUAUUACGAAAUCUCCAGCACGAUCGAAAUCUGGGGGGCGUGUACAUAGCUCCAGACCCUCUAAUUCGAUAAAUAGAUCAACGAGGAUUUGCAAAUCAUUUGCAACAUUCAACAUUGGUAAAAGUGCGACCAGCAGCAAAGAGAGCGAACCCAUUGUACACGAAGACCUUGUCAUAUUUCCUCUAUCAGCAUCCCUGACUACCUUGCCAAGUGCACUACGCACCCUUAUUGUAUCUGUUCACAUCACGAGCCAAGCCACGUCACGGAGAUACACACGAGACAACAACUACCUUGAUCUACUUACGCAGAUGCCAAUGGAGGACGUAUUUCAGUUACAGCGCCCUCUGUUGAGAUGUACAGUUAAAGCUGAGCUGUCGAUUCUACCACCUCCUGAAAUACGAUGUCAACAUGUAGCAGUGGCAGGCAAACAUUUUCUAAUCAUCAAGGUAAACAAUGACUAUGCAGAGAAGUUGAUCCUAGACCAUGUUCAAGUCCUAUGGAAUAAGAACCAUAGUCUACAGCAUUCAUCCCAUCCAGCAGCGUGGCUACAUAGAGCGGAUCAGGUGGCACUCAAUGAUAUCUUAGAUGAGAUGGAUAGCACCUUCAUUGAGAUGGUCACCAGUUCUUCGUACAAUCUACCGUUAUCGUUACAACCGUUAGAACAACAUGCUUUUGUCUUCCAGCUCCACUUCAGUCAAUUCUGGAGAAACAAACCCGCCAAGGGCACUGAGUUGCCACUAUUACUGAGUCUGACAUGGUUUGUGCCGUCCAUGGUGGGCUGUCAGACUGUAUGCACUCACUACUCACUACCCAGCUUGCGGUUAGACUUCCCAUCUUUCAUCAUGUCUGCACAGUGUGAAUCACCCGUACAGGUUGGCGACAGUUUUAACGUAAACUACACGUUACUAAACAAUCUUCAAGACUUCUUGGGAAUAACGUUACUCUGGAUGCCUGGGAACCGCUCUAUGACUGAUACAGAUGAGACGUCGUCUAGGUUCAUCGAGGAAUCGAUAGUUUGUCAACAACCUAAGAUUGACCUAGGGAUGUGUAUCAAAGGAUCGACAACUGACGUCUCAGUCACAUUUCAAGCUGUUCGCUCAGGAGUUCACGAGAUUGGUAAAUUCAUGAAGCUGAAACUGCAGUAUGCAACUCCUCCCAAUCACCAACCUCAACCGUCAACAGCACCCUCAUCGCCAUCAAUCAUACCUCCAGUCACCACGGCAACCACAUCAUCGGACACAUCGCAGACGAACACGUUCCCUCGUAGGGACCGCCGACGUUUCAAACGCCCAACGCUGCCCCGGCAGCAUUCCUUCUCGUCGCUGUAUCAGCGGUUCCAGAUAUCGGGGAACCGUUCUCGGUCUAAUUCCUUCACGAGUGACGAUGACACUCACUCGCUGCCGGGAGAUCUUGCAGAUAGGGGUGAAUCGGCAUCGGCUUCGUGUAACUCACUCAACGGGUCAAGUAGCGUUACCAACAGUCCAGUCAAGACUCAACAAGUGACCACAACCAUCCAGCCACCUAAACCAUCGGUCAGCAUCGACAAGAUUGCCAAGAGGAGAUGUAAAGUCUACAUCUUAUGAACGCUUACUCAAGGUCAAAGGUCACAGUUACACAUAGGUCACGAUGGUUCCACUUAAUUUUGAUAAGUUUUAAGAGAGCGUAAAAAGGCACUGGACACUAUUGGUAAUUACUCAAAAUAAUGUCAGCAUAAAACUCACUUGGUAACGAGCAAUGGAGAGCUGUUGAUAGUAUAAAACAUUGUUGGAAACGACUCUGUCUGAAGUAACGACUCUGUAGUAGGGACUGAAAACCCAAUCCACUUAGUGCCCCCAGUGGGAUACGAACCAGGUCCCAAAGGUGGAAGGCGAGGCAAGACACCCUUUCACCAACCUGACUGCCCUUUUUGAGCAAGCUCGUCUAAGAGAAAAUUAAUCUUGUUCUUGUCUUAUGGUCUACUUCAAUACUCGACAUAAUUGAAAGAUUUUGUAUUUCUCGGUUUCAAUUAGAAAUAACCAGAGAGGUAUUGUUAUUCAAAAUUACCAGACUGCCGGACUUGUUUAUUCAAAAGUUGACUGGCCAUGGCCAAAUCUAAUAAAGCUGUUUAGCAGAAAAUAUGUCUGGACAAUCUUCUUUGCUAAGCAAAAAUUAAAAGGGGCACCA